CGAUCAACAGUCAACAGCACAGUCACGUGUAUGCAGUCGCGUCCACGCGUGCAAGGUUGGCGAUACCUGAACAGCCCGUGACGACGCAGCAGCCCGUGUCAUCACAGUGCUGCCUUCACACUCACGCGUCGUGAAUGGGGACCCUUGCCCAGGUGACCUGGCAGAUGCUUAUAAGCUUCCCACAAGGUGCUCUUCAGCGUGCUCACAACAGUCCCACUCGAUGCAGUAUCUUGUCAUCAUGCUCACAUUCCUCCUCAUGCUGGCCGCCUGUCUUGCGCCGGCUGCUGCAAGGAUCUACACCGGCUUCAACUACGGUGCCUUCUGGACCGAGCAGAGCAACGUCAAGCGAUACGCCGACUUCUACCACGGCUUCACGCUAGCAAAGAACCUCACCAAUACCCCAGUGCGUUUCGACAGCGCACGUCUGUACACUUGCAUUACUACAGGAACAAAGGACGACCCCACAGAAGCAUUCCAAGCUGCCAUCGACACAGGCACGAACCUGCUGCUGGGUAUGUGGGUAUCUCCUGGUGCGACUGGGCAGCCGAACGAUGUCCAGGUUAAGAACGAGCUUGUUGCACUUGGUAAGGGCUUCGAGCAGCACGGACAGAGGCUUGCCGACCUUGUGAUUGGGCUCUCCGUCGGCAGUGAGGACGUGUACCGUUUCAACGGUGGACAAGCUGGCCUGAGCAGUGACAACCUCGUGUUUACCAUGAACAGCGUGCGUGAACAGAUUGCAGCUUCGCCAUACGCCAAGUACAUGAAAGAUAAGCCUAUCGGUCACACUGACACGGCGCCAUACUCUGUCGUGACCGGAGCUGACUUCGCUGGUAUGAACGCGUAUCCCUUCUGGGAGGGUAAGCCCAUCGAUAAUGCCAACGUUAGUUUCAUGUCCGUCCUGGGAGACACUCAGCGUCGUGCAGGUAACAUCCCAGUCUGGAUAACAGAGAUGGGUUGGCCCGUCGAUGGUGCUCAGAUAAAUGAGGCUGUUGCCAGCGCCGAGAAUUACCAGCGAUAUUGGAGUUAGGUGGGCUGUCAAGCGUUUGGCAAGUACAACACUUUCUGGUUCGAGCUAUUACAAGACAGCCAGCCUGAUCAGCCAGACUGGGGGCUCUUGGACACGAAAACUUAUCAACCAAGGAUUAAGGACCUAAGCUGCAGUGGCCGGGCUAAUUACACCGCGUCCGCUGGCGUGCCGGAGCAAUCUCAAGCAUCUUUGGGCAAGCCACGGCCGACCACUCUCUCGACAGUCUAUUUUGCUUCGGCCUCAG